AGUCGACGCCACGUGACGUCGCUAUGUUUGGAUAACGUCACUUGCAGUCGCUAAAAAAACUAACACAAAACAGCCAAAUGGGAGCGUUUUAUUGUUCCGUCUGCAGAAAAACGGAUUUUUCUGGAAAAGGGCACAUUUAUGGGAAAAGCCAUCAAAGCAAACUUAAAGUAAUUCUUGUCAAAUUUACGGAGAAGGUCAAAGAAGCGAAGCGGACCAUUAAAAAGCCGCAGGUAGAGAAAUACAGUCCUGAUCAUGAGGAGAAGUUCUGGUGUUACUGCUGCGCUCUGGAGCUGCCCAAACACGUGACCGACCGUAACAUUAGUGUACUGUAUGGAGGACUGCUGGAGCACAUGAGCACCCCAGAGCACCGGACCAACACACACAAGUUCUGGUGGGACAAUAAAGCAGAUCCCAAACUGCGAGACAAGUUCAUCGUAACUGAAGAGGAAACUGAGAGAUUCAAGUCUGAGGUUUCCAAGGCUCUGGAACAGUUUGAGGAAAAAGAGGAUGUGUUUAUUAAACAGCAAGCUGCAGUGAUCCGUUCUCAGGAGCAGCACAGGCUGGAGGUCCUUCAGUCACUAUCAGAGCCUGAUCCAGAACUGGUACGUCCUGCUGAAGUGGACCAACACGGCAGUAACCGUACAGCCAGAAGCUCUCACAGUCACUCUUACGAAAUGGAGGCACAACCCGGGCCGAGCCACGAGGAUUUCACCUCACGCAGCCAGUGGAAUAAACCAGGAUUCGCCUUAACUUUCAUUGGCUACCAGGACUCGUCCGGCAGCGGAAAUGUUCACACUGGAGCUGUACCACCGUGGCUGCUGGAGGAGCCUGAUGAAGCCUCAGCAAGUGGACAGCAGGAAGUGGGCCCCUCACUUCAGGAGUUCCUCAAACACAAGGAGCAGGAGAAGCUCAAGAAGCUUCCGCCAAACCGUGUGGGUGCAAACUUUGACCACAGCUCGCAGACUGACGCCAACUGGCUGCCGUCUUUUGGACGCGUGUGGAAUAGCGGCAGGCGCUGGCAGUCGAGGCGUCAGUUUAGAGAGGAAGAGGCAAAAACCAGGGGGAAGAGGAAGUGGGAAGGUGAUGGGAAAGCAACAAAGCAGCAAAAAGACUUCAGAAAUGGAGAGUUAUGAAAUGAACGCCCCAAAUAUACUGGCCGCGUCGGGAGGAUGGAAUAUUGUUUUCUCAUAUUGGGAAUUGACCUCAGUUUUGAACGUGUUUGUUUCAGCUCGAGCAUUUCUGAAACCACGUUGAAAGAAUUUUUACGCGAGAUGAAUGUCAUUCGUGUUUCCAGUUUAUUGAAUACAUUUUUGCUACAGAUGUGUAAUUUUCUUUUUUGGUCAUAAAUCCAAAACAAAAUAUUCUUCCCACUCUCCUCAAAAGGUAAAUGUGAUAAAAUGAAGACACAAUGUGCAAUAUCUUCUUUCCAUUUUGAACAAUACAUCAGUCAAAUUUAAUAGAAUCUCAUCUAUUAGAGCUAUUUCAUGUUCUCAACGGAAAGCCAAGACCAUAUUAAUGUUCAAUAAUAUAAUAAAAUACCUCAAACGUCUAGACAGAAUAAUAAAAAUACAGAUUACAUUAAUAUUAAAG